CGUAUGUUCAGCGUCAUGAUUUAUGUGAUACACACACUCUGUGUGAAUGUUUUCUUCUUUCAUUUUCAUUUUGUUUUCGGUGAAUAUUCAAGCGCAUCCUUUAAUUGUAAACAGUUCGAUUUUAAAAACUACCCUCCAGUCUAAGAGGAAUAUGAAAGGCAAAGAAUUUCAAGCCCUUUGUGUUUUGAUUCUUUUGUUGUCCAACUGCCCCCUAGCGGGAGGAAUAAGUCACCUUUUUAUCUGCAUGACGGGAGUUCUUGGUGCAGGAAGCGUUGCCGUUGCAGCACUUCCGCUCCUUGGAUUCACAUCCUCCGGGAUAGCCGCAGGAUCCAUUGCCGCCAAAAUGAUGUCGGCCUCGGCGCUGGCUAGUGGCGGUGGUGUUGUCGGUGGUGGUAUGGUGUCUUACUUGCAGUCCGUGGCGGCAGGGGGGAUUUCUGGAUCCAUUCUCACCGCUGUCGGGAAGGCGUUUGCUUUUUGUGCGUCAGGAGGAAUGUUAUGAGAUAAAACAUUAUGUUAAAAAGCUUAAUUGGAAUUUUUUAAAUUGUUUUCGUAAUUUAAAAAAAUGAAUCAAUUUCAAUUUCUUUACGUUUUGAGUUUUGCACAUUAAUUUUGUUUAUCUCUAUAGCUGCUUUGCCUAUGAAGUUUUUGAACAUGAGACAUGUUUUUGUUUGUUUGAUGUUGUAGCUUAACGCAGGGUCUAAUUAAAUUCCUUUGAAUUUAUUUUAGGUUUUAAUAAAAUCUUAUAAAUGUA